GUGUUGUGUGCUCGUACUCCAUUCCGACCUGUAAAUACUCCACCUUACACAAAAAUGUCAGGCAUCAGUGAAGAGAAUCCCGUCUACGGCCCCUUUUUCGGCGUCAUGGGAGCGGCAGCCGCGAUUAUUUUCAGUUCACUGGGAGCAGCCUAUGGCACAGCAAAAUCAGGCACCGGAAUAGCAGCGAUGUCUGUGAUGAGGCCAGAACUUAUUAUGAAAUCUAUUAUCCCCGUUGUCAUGGCGGGUAUUAUUGCCAUUUAUGGUCUAGUUAUUGCUGUUCUUAUCGCUGGAGGUAUCGACUCUGCCGCCAAUAACUACUCGUUGUACAAAGGUUUCGUGCAUUUGGGUGCCGGACUUUCGGUGGGUUUCUCCGGUUUGGCGGCCGGUUUCGCCAUUGGCAUUGUGGGCGACGCCGGUGUGAGAGGAACGGCGCAACAACCUCGUCUCUUCGUCGGAAUGAUCCUCAUCCUCAUUUUCGCUGAAGUCUUGGGUCUUUACGGCCUUAUCGUAGCCAUCUACCUCUACACAAAAUAAGUUAUUCGUUUUUUAAGUGUAAAACAAAGUAAUCAUCCUCUAAAACCAGUCCCCACAAUCCCCCCUCCCCUUCUCCCCCCACCACCGCCAACUAUGAUAAACAAUCCCCAUUUUUCGAAAGUUACACAAUCUUUUGUUUUUAAUGUUUAUUGUAUAAAAUGAUGUAUAAAACCGUGUUGUAAGCUUUGGUAAUGAAUUUGACGGGCGAGUGAUAUUGGUGUAAAUAUUUUAUCGUGAUGGAACGCGUAUUGCAAAUGCGGGUUUUGUCAUUGUAAAUAAUUUCGAGUGGGGCCGCGGCCGCCAGCACUGACUGUCAUCUUCAUGGGGCUUACGCCUUGAUAAAUUAAUUAUUGUAUAGUUAUUAGUAGUCUGUUAGGUUAUCAUUUCGUAAUAUGCGAUUAAGGGUCUACGAGCUCUAAGUAUUCAAGUUAUAAAAUAAAGUUACAAAAGUAGCACAAUAUUUUUAAUUUCAUGAUGUAUUACGUAAUUACUGAUUUCUCCUUGUCUGCAGUAGCGUCGUGUCCAUGAUUACAUUUUGUUCGCAAUUCGACAUAUCAUCAACUUUGUUAAAUUGACCGUUCCUUAGAGUACAGUUCAGAUUUUGCUCAUUGUUUCGCUGUUUAAUCGUUUGUCUUUCCAUGCGUUCAGGUGCAGCAAACAACCUUAAAUUCAACAAAGUUGUUGUAAAUAACGGCAACAUUAUCUAUGUAUCGAUCGAUGGUUUGGUGUCCAUAGUAUAUACGUGUUAGCCUUCUGUAGUUUAGCUUUCCGGCGCUGGGGGGCGCGACCACAACGCGCGUUGUGGCCGCGCCCCUGCGUCCUAAUCUAAGAAUGUUUAGUAUUUUUUCUCGUGGUGAUCAAGCACUUAGAACGGCUCUGUUGUACGAAGGGAACAGCAAAAUUAUCAUUGUGUUGAAAAUAAAUAAUUUGUACAUUCCAUUACAAUUUCUGUUUUGUGAAAUUUGUUUUAUUUUGUGUCCGCUUUAGUCUUGUUUAUGUACAGUUUUAACGAAAUAUACUGCUUCGAUUUAUAAGCCAGCUGUUUAAUCGUCGUCGAUUUGGCCUAAGCUUGUAGAUUUUUCAAAAACGAAACACAAACUUAUAUCAAUGUAGUCCCGUUAUGCUGAAGUGAUCUUUUCUUUGUGUUUAUGAGAAUACAAGAUAUUUUGUUAAUGUUUAAAACUGUUUAUUUUUACACCUGGACCUUAUCAGUUCAACGGACAACCAAUGCGCGUCACUCGGCUAUCGAUUGUCAUUUGUUUCAUUUAUUAUUACGUCAGUGUGUACUUAUCGAGUGCAAUAGAACACAACCAGGCUAUGUUUUAAGUUCACAUGUAUAAAUUUGUUUUAGAAAAAAUAAAGUAACGAUUAUUAUCACCGAGCA